GGGUAUGGGUGUUAUUGUUAUUUUACUUUUGACCCACACCCACACCCCAGUCAAAAAACGAAAUGCAUAUUUUAUUCAUUUAGUUAAAAGAACCAACAGUGAUAACUUAUGAUGGUCAUGAUUAUGUAUUCGAAGGUUUUUCUGUUCUUUAUCAUGUAUCAUUAGCUAAUGUGAAUGAUUGUAUUGUUGUUUAUCAUAAUAUUGAUUAUGCAAUUGGUUUAGAAGAAGAAUCUCCAUUAGAACAUUAUACAAUCGAAGAACUUGAUCUUCUUCAACAAUAUCUUCUUAUUGAUGUUUGUGAAUUAUAUAAUAUACAAUGGCGACCAUUAAAUAAUAAUAAUGAUAUAUCAACUUGUACAUGUUAUCAUUUUUUUCCUCGUUUUGCACGUAUUUUACCUGAUAAUGGAAAAGAAUUACUGCAUCCAGCUGAACAAAUACAAUAUUUUCUUAAACAUAUUAAACCUUUAAUGCCUAAUGAUUUAUAUUCACGUUGUAAAUCAAUGUCUGUUGAUGCAUGGGAUAAAUAUGUAUCAAAAGUACAGGGUUCAAUUGUUUGGUUUCCAAAACAUCAUCCAGCUGCUAUUAGACUUGAUCAACUUGAUCGAGAAAAUAGUUCUUAUCCAGUUAUUGUUCAUUUUGGUAUUCGUCCUGCUGUUUUAUCCAUUCAAUAUAAUCAAGAAUAUCGUCAAGCAUAUAAAUCUUAUUUAAAAGUAUUUUUUCUUUUAAAAAAUCGUACACCAAUUGAAGAAGAUAAAGCAAAUUUACGUGAUAAAGAACAACGUUUAAAACAAAUUGUUGCUAAACAUGCUGAACAAUUAAAACGUGAAAUUGUUGUAGAAAUAUCAUCUGAAUAUGCAUAUCGUACUGGUUUUAAAUCAGAUAUAAUUCAACAUUCAUUAUUAUUAUCAUCAUUACAUGAUCAUUUACGUUUUCAUCAAUCAUUAACUGAAUUAGAAAAUCAAUGA